AUGGAUUCAUCUCUCGGCAUAACUGAUGAGCAGUGCUUGGCAACUGUUAAAGGCCAUGAGCUGAGGGGCGGGCAGAGGGAACCAAGGCUCCUCUCUCUUAUUGAGAAGUCCGGACAGUUUACUUUGGGUGUUCUAGCAAACCCAGAUUCUGUUGUGUCCAGCCCAGUACCUCAGCUGAAUAUACCCAUCAAUGGGAAUUUUGAAAUUGUACGAGAGGCUGAGGAGGCUCUUCUCAUUGAUAUACCAGUUAACCCAUCGCUACGGAUACGGGUCAGAGGCGAGCGAGCCCCUGAGCUGCUCCUGGAGCUUCAGGACGAUGAGCGAAGUCAGUUGUUCUUCACACAGGUGAAGUCAGCUCAGCUGCAAGCUGAAUCAAAAAGCUCUCUUCCCAAAAAGAUGGAGCCUGUGGUCCCAGCCCCACGCCCAGGAUCUGUCCCAGUGCCCCCCCAGCGGGGGACGUCCAAAACUGCCAGCUCAGUGGCCCCUGUAGUCAGUGUCCCUAAGAAUUCCUUGCCAGUCAACACCAACAGUGGCUCCUCCGGAAACCUAUCCAACACAGGCAAGGAAAAUGCAAGAGAUAUUUUGAACUCGUUAUGUCCUGUAAACUCUGCCCUUUCACUGGCCUUAGACUUUGGCUUUGAGGAGAAUUUUAACCACUCUCUAAAAGUGGAAGAGAAAAAGAACCAACAAAACCGUAUUGUUGCCCAGAGAGAGCCCCCACCUGUUCCUCCCCUCCCACCAAGAAAAGGCUCGUACACCCCAAACGUGGCAGGUCAACUCUCCAAAGAAAGAGCCUUCACCACACCAAAUAUUACACCUGCUAAACAAGAGUUUAAACCUUCAAUGGAUCGCCAUCUUUCCUGGAAUGACAGCCCAUCAAACUAUAACAUGAGGCAGGCAAUGCUCUCUAGCCAAGCAGGCCAGAGGGAGGGACUAAUUAAACAUCGCCUGGCCAAAAAGGAGAAGGAGUAUGUGGACAUCCAGAACUUCAAGUUCUUCGUAGGCACUUGGAACGUGAAUGGCCAGUCCCCAGAUAGUAGUUUGGAGCCUUGGCUGUGUUGUGUCCCAGAGCCACCUGAUGUCUAUGCUUUGGGAUUCCAGGAGUUGGAUUUGAGUACAGAGGCCUUCCUCUAUCUGGACUCAUCCAAAGAGCAGAUUUGGGUGGAGGCGGUAGAGCGAUGCUUACACCCCAAAGCCAAGUACAGACGGAUGCGCACCAUUCGGUUAGUGGGCAUGAUGCUUGUGGUGUUCGUCAAAAGAGAACAUCAUGACUACAUCAAAGAAGUGGCUGCAGAGACAGUUGGGACAGGCAUCAUGAACAAAAUGGGCAACAAAGGAGGAGUGGCAGUCCGGUUUGUUUUCCACAACACCAGUUUCUGCAUCGUGAACUCCCACCUGGCCGCGCACGUGGAGGAUUUUGAGCGGCGCAACCAAGACUACAGAGAGAUCUGUGCUCGUAUGAGUUUCCAUCUGCUGGACUAUCCCCCACUCAGUAUAGUGAAACACGAUGUGGUGAUAUGGUUGGGAGAUUUGAAUUACCGCUUGUUUGUGUAUGACACUCAAGAGGUGAAGAGACUCAUCGCUGGAAAUGAGUUAAAGAAACUCCAGGAAUAUGAUCAGUUGAAUAUUCAGAGGCAGACCAAGCGUGCCUUCACUGACUUUAUGGAGGGAGAGAUAAACUUCAUUCCCACAUAUAAGUAUGAUGCCAAAUCUGAUCGUUGGGACUCCAGUGGGAAGUGUCGUGUGCCCGCGUGGUGUGAUCGUAUACUGUGGAGGGGCGGUAAUGUCAAACAGUUGCACUAUCGGAGCCACAUGGAGCUCCAGACAAGUGACCACAAACCGGUCAGCUCGCUCUUCAACAUUGGGGUGAAGGUCGUGAAUGAGCAGCGCCAUAAGAAGGUGUUUGAGGAGAUUGUGCGAAUGAUGGACAGAAUGGAGAAUGACUUUCUGCCUUCCUUGACUCUGUCUUGUAGGGAGUUCACCUUUGAGAAUGUGAAGUUUCGGCAGCUGCAUAAACAGACGUUCAUCAUUAAAAACGAUGGACAGGUUCCCUGUACUUUCGCCUUCAUCCCCAAACUGAACGACACUCAGUACUGCAAGCCAUGGCUUCGAGCUGAGCCCAGCGACGGCUUUCUGGACCCCAAUGAGACGCUGGAGAUCUCUCUGGAAGUGUACGUCAGUAAGGACUCUGUGACCCUGCUCAACUCCGGAGAGGACAAAAUCGAGGACAUUCUGGUCCUGCAUCUGGACCGAGGCAAAGACUACUUUAUAACUGUGUCUGGAAACUACCUUCCCAGCUGCUUCGGCACCUCCCUGGAGACCCUUUGCCGAAUGAAGAAGCCUAUCCGUGAAAUCCCCAUUACCAAACUCAUUGAUCUGGGAGAGGAUAGCUACACGGAGAAGGAGAAAUCCAGGAUGAACUUCUUGUUGGACAGUGCCGGAGCAGAAGACAAACCUUUGAAGAUUCCCAAGGAAAUCUGGCUGCUGGUCAACCAUCUUUUCACCAAGUCCUGUCAGCAGGAGGAUCUUUUCCAGACUCCAGGGCUGCAAGAGGAGCUGCAGAGUAUCAUUGACUGCCUGGACACAAGCAUUCCUGACACCAUCCCUGGCUGUAACCAUUCAGUGGCUGAGGCCCUGUUGAUUUUCCUGGAGGCUCUGCCGGAACCAGUGGUGUGUUACGAGCUUUACCAGCGUUGCCUGGACUGUUCUCACGACAGCCGACUCUGCAAACAGCUGAUUUCCCAGCUUCCGCGUGCCCACCGCAAUGUGUUUCGCUACCUUAUGGCAUUCUUGCGAGAGUUACUGAAGCAUUCGGUCGACAAUAACCUCACAGCCAGCCUCGUCGCUACCCUUUUUGCCACCCUUCUCAUACGACCACCACCCAACCUGGUGGGCAAACAGACGGCUCAGGACAGACAGAAGGCCUCCGACUUCAUCCUGGGGUUCCUCAUGGCAGGAGAUGAGGAAUGAUGAGGGCCAGGGGUCAUGGUGUCAGGCCAUCCAGCUUUAAAGCGUGCAGGUGCUGCUGUUGGAUUGGGAAGUGAGGUG